AAAAAGGCAGAACAACUCUUGUAGACCACACAACUCAUCUUACCCUGACACACUCUGCAAGGUCCCAGACACCUGAGAAGAGACAAAUUCUAAACAUCUUUAAGAGAUGGCAAAGGUUUUCAAGAAGACCAGUGGAAAUGGAGGGCUCACCCUCUAUCUGGGGAAGAGAGACUACGUGGACCAUGUGUCCUCAGUGGACAGAGUUGAUGGUGUUGUGAAGGUGGAUACAGCAGAUUUUGGAGACAGAAAAGCUUUCGUGCAGCUGGCAUGUGCCUUCCGUUAUGGUACUGAAGACCUGGAUGUUAUGGGCUUGUGCUUCAGGAAGGACAUCUGGAUCCAGCAGAUUCAGAUCUACCCUGAGAGCAGCAAGCCCGAACUGAGCGCUAUGCAUGACACUCUGUUGAAGAAGGCAGGAGACAACUCAUACCCAUUCUCCUUUGACAUUCCAACAAACCUACCAUGCUCAGUCUCUCUGCAGCCUGGACCUGAUGAUAAGGGCAAGGCUUGCGGUGUUGACUUUGAGGUAAAAACUUACCUUGCCAAGGAAAAGAACAACCCUGAUGAAAAAAUUGAAAAGAAGGACACUGCUCGCCUUGUCAUUCGUAAAAUCCAGUAUGCCCCCUCUGAGGUGGGCGCCGGGCCCAAGGCUGACAUCUGCAAAAGCUUCAUGAUGUCUGACAAACCUGUCCACCUACAAGCGUCGAUGGAGAAAGAUCUCUAUUUUCAUGGAGAAGACAUCCCAAUCAAAAUUAGCAUAAACAAUGAGAGCAAUAAGAUAGUCAAGAAAAUCAAAAUCAGUGUGGACCAAACCACAGACAUUGUCCUCUACUCUGCAGACAAAUACACCAAAACUGUUCUCAACCAAGAGUUUGGAGAGACAGUGGACUCCAACGGCACCCUUGAAAAAACUCUGACCAUCACGCCUCUGCUGAGUGAGAACAAGGAGAAACGAGGACUGGCGCUAGACGGACGGCUGAAAGAUGAGGACACUAACUUGGCCUCCACCACUAUGCUGCGACAAGGGGUAGAAAAAGAGGUGUUGGGUAUUCUGGUUUCCUACAAGAUUAAAAUUAACCUCAUGGUGGCCGGAGGAGGCAUGCUGGGUGGUCUCACUGCCAGUGAUGUCUCAGUUGAACUGCCCCUGAACCUUAUGCACCCCAAGCCUGAAGAGUAAAGAAUACACAUCACUAGAGGAUGUUACCCUGCAAGUUGAGAAGACACCCACGGAAAGACAAGAGGACAACUGAGAGAAGUGACACAAGAUGAAGGAGAAGACUGUU